UAUCAAGGGUGUGUCAGAAACCAACCAGCAGAGUCUCCAAAUCAUCUGAGUCCCUGGCAUUCUGUUUUCAAGGCUUUCUUCAUUGUAACUGGUCCCCGAUGGUAAUUGGUUGAAUCAGAUUUAACAAUGCAGUCAGAUAAACAGUUGUGGCAGCUGCUGCCAUGGCAACGUCACCGUCCUUACCCUCCCAGUGCGCGCCCCUUCCCCACCCCUCCUCCUCCUGCCUUCCUCCAGUAAGUGCACACUUGCUAGUGGUCUGCACAGGCGGCAGGCUUUGAUGGCAGAGCUAUUUUCUUCCGAAACUGUUCAAAAUGAUAAACGAAGACGCAGCUCAGAAAAGCGACAGUGGAGAGAAGUUCAACGGCAGUAGUCAGAGAAGAAAAAGACCCAAAAAGUCUGACAGCAAUGCGAGCUUCCUCCGUGCUGCCAGAGCAGGCAACCUGGACAAAGUCGUGGAGUAUCUGAAGGGCGGCAUCGACAUCAAUACCUGCAAUCAGAAUGGACUCAAUGCUCUCCAUCUGGCUGCCAAGGAAGGUCAUGUGGGGCUGGUUCAGGAGCUGCUGGGAAGAGGGUCCUCUGUGGAUUCUGCCACUAAGAAAGGCAACACUGCCCUUCACAUCGCGUCUUUGGCUGGACAAGCAGAGGUCGUCAAAGUCCUUGUUAAGGAGGGAGCCAAUAUUAACGCACAGUCUCAGAACGGCUUCACUCCUUUAUACAUGGCUGCCCAAGAGAACCACAUUGAUGUUGUAAAAUACUUGCUAGAAAAUGGAGCUAAUCAGAGCACUGCGACAGAGGAUGGAUUUACUCCGCUAGCUGUGGCACUCCAGCAAGGUCACAACCAGGCUGUGGCCAUCCUCCUGGAGAACGACACCAAGGGGAAAGUGAGGCUGCCAGCUCUGCACAUCGCGGCUCGGAAAGACGACACCAAAUCCGCAGCCCUCCUGCUCCAGAACGAUCACAAUGCUGACGUGCAGUCCAAGAUGAUGGUGAAUAGGACAACAGAGAGCGGUUUUACCCCUUUGCACAUAGCUGCACACUAUGGGAACGUCAAUGUGGCGACUCUCCUUCUAAACCGGGGCGCUGCUGUAGACUUCACAGCCAGGAAUGGAAUCACUCCUCUGCACGUGGCUUCCAAAAGGGGCAACACAAACAUGGUGAAGCUCUUACUGGAUCGAGGCGGUCAGAUUGAUGCCAAAACUAGGGAUGGGUUGACACCACUUCAUUGCGCAGCCAGAAGUGGGCAUGACCAAGUGGUGGAACUUCUGUUGGAAAGGGGUGCUCCCUUGCUGGCAAGGACUAAGAAUGGGCUGUCUCCACUUCACAUGGCUGCACAGGGGGACCACGUGGAAUGUGUGAAGCACCUGUUACAGCACAAGGCACCCGUGGAUGAUGUCACCCUGGACUACCUGACGGCCCUCCACGUUGCCGCACACUGUGGCCACUACCGUGUAACCAAACUCCUUUUGGACAAGAGAGCCAAUCCCAACGCCAGAGCCCUGAAUGGUUUUACUCCACUGCACAUUGCCUGCAAGAAAAACCGCAUCAAAGUCAUGGAACUGCUGGUGAAAUAUGGGGCUUCAAUCCAAGCUAUAACAGAGUCUGGCCUCACACCAAUACAUGUGGCUGCCUUCAUGGGCCACUUGAACAUUGUCCUCCUUCUGCUGCAGAACGGAGCCUCUCCAGAUGUCACUAACAUUCGUGGGGAGACGGCACUGCACAUGGCCGCCCGAGCGGGGCAGGUGGAAGUGGUCCGAUGCCUCCUGAGAAAUGGUGCCCUUGUGGAUGCCAGAGCCAGGGAGGAACAGACACCAUUGCAUAUUGCCUCCCGCCUGGGUAAGACAGAAAUCGUCCAGCUGCUUCUACAACACAUGGCUCAUCCAGAUGCGGCCACUACAAAUGGGUAUACACCACUGCACAUCUCCGCCAGGGAAGGCCAGGUGGAUGUGGCGUCAGUCCUUUUGGAAGCAGGAGCAGCCCACUCCUUAGCUACCAAGAAGGGUUUUACACCCCUGCAUGUGGCAGCCAAGUAUGGAAGCCUGGAUGUGGCAAGACUUCUCUUACAACGCAGGGCUGCUGCAGAUUCUGCAGGGAAGAAUGGCCUUACCCCGCUCCAUGUUGCUGCUCAUUAUGACAACCAGAAGGUGGCGCUGCUGUUACUGGAAAAGGGUGCUUCCCCUCACGCCACUGCCAAGAAUGGUUAUACUCCAUUACAUAUUGCUGCCAAGAAAAACCAAAUGCAGAUCGCUUCCACACUCCUGAACUACGGAGCGGAGACUAACAUCGUCACAAAGCAAGGAGUUACUCCACUGCAUUUGGCCUCGCAGGAGGGGCACACGGAUAUGGUCACUUUGCUUCUGGAAAAGGGAGCCAAUAUCCACAUGUCAACCAAGAGUGGACUCACGUCCUUACACCUUGCAGCCCAGGAAGAUAAAGUGAAUGUUGCGGAGAUUCUCACCAAGCAUGGGGCGGACCGGGAUGCUCACACAAAGCUUGGUUACACUCCUUUAAUUGUGGCUUGUCACUAUGGAAAUGUGAAAAUGGUCAACUUUCUUCUGAAGCAGGGAGCAAAUGUUAACGCAAAAACCAAGAAUGGCUACACGCCUUUGCACCAGGCCGCGCAGCAGGGGCACACGCACAUCAUCAACGUCCUGCUCCAGCAUGGGGCCAAGCCCAACGCCACCACCGCGAAUGGCAACACGGCCUUGGCGAUUGCUAAGCGUCUGGGCUACAUCUCCGUGGUGGACACUCUGAAGGUUGUAACUGAGGAGGUGACCACCACCACCACGACUAUCACAGAAAAACACAAACUAAAUGUUCCUGAGACGAUGACUGAGGUUCUUGAUGUUUCCGAUGAAGAAGGUGAUGACACAAUGACAGGUGAUGGGGGAGAAUACCUUAGGCCUGAGGAUCUAAAAGAACUGGGUGAUGACUCCCUACCCAGCAGUCAGUUCCUGGAUGGUAUGAAUUACCUGCGAUACAGCUUGGAGGGAGGACGAUCUGACAGCCUUCGAUCCUUCAGUUCCGACAGGUCUCAUACACUGAGCCAUGCCUCCUACCUGAGGGACAGUGCCAUGAUUGACGACUCUGUUGUGAUCCCCAGUCACCAGGUGUCAACUCUAGCCAAGGAGGCAGAAAGGAAUUCUUAUCGUCUCAGCUGGGGCACUGAAAACUUAGACAACGUGGCUCUUUCUUCCAGUCCUAUUCAUUCAGGUUUUCUGGUUAGUUUUAUGGUGGAUGCCCGAGGUGGUGCUAUGCGAGGAUGCAGACACAACGGGCUCCGAAUCAUUAUCCCGCCUCGGAAAUGUACUGCUCCCACACGAGUCACCUGCCGCCUGGUCAAACGUCACAGGCUGGCCACAAUGCCCCCAAUGGUGGAAGGAGAAGGCCUGGCCAGUCGCCUGAUCGAAGUUGGACCUUCUGGUGCUCAGUUCCUUGGUAAACUUCACCUGCCUACGGCUCCUCCCCCACUUAAUGAGGGAGAAAGUUUGGUCAGCCGCAUCCUUCAGCUGGGGCCUCCUGGAACCAAAUUCCUUGGGCCUGUGAUCGUGGAGAUCCCUCACUUUGCGGCUCUUCGAGGAAAGGAGAGGGAACUGGUGGUCCUGCGCAGUGAGAACGGGGACAGCUGGAAAGAACAUUACUGCGAGUACACUGAAGACGAACUGAAUGAAAUUCUGAAUGGCAUGGAUGAAGUGCUGGACAGCCCCGAAGACCUGGAAAAGAAACGAAUCUGCCGCAUCAUCACGCGAGACUUCCCGCAGUACUUCGCCGUGGUGUCCCGCAUCAAGCAGGACAGCAACCUGAUUGGCCCGGAGGGAGGCGUGCUGAGCAGCACGGUGGUGCCGCAGGUGCAGGCGGUGUUCCCGGAGGGGGCGCUAACCAAGCGGAUCCGCGUCGGCCUCCAGGCUCAACCUAUGCACAGUGAGCUGGUUAAGAAGAUCCUAGGCAACAAAGCUACCUUCAGCCCUAUAGUCACGCUGGAACCCAGAAGAAGAAAAUUCCACAAGCCAAUUACUAUGACCAUUCCUGUCCCCAAAGCUUCAAGUGAUGUCAUGUUGAAUGGUUUUGGGGGAGAUGCACCAACCUUGAGAUUACUAUGCAGCAUAACAGGUGGAACCACCCCUGCUCAGUGGGAAGAUAUUACAGGAACUACGCCAUUAACAUUUGUCAAUGAAUGUGUUUCCUUCACAACCAAUGUGUCUGCCAGGUUCUGGCUGAUAGAUUGUCGACAGAUCCAAGAAUCCGUUACCUUUGCAUCACAAGUCUAUAGAGAAAUUAUUUGUGUACCUUAUAUGGCCAAAUUUGUAGUGUUUGCCAAAUCACACGACCCCAUUGAAGCCAGGUUGAGAUGUUUCUGUAUGACGGACGACAAAGUGGAUAAGACCCUUGAACAACAAGAAAACUUUGCUGAGGUGGCCAGAAGCAGGGAUGUGGAGGUAUUAGAAGGAAAACCCAUAUAUGUGGACUGUUUUGGCAACCUGGUACCAUUAACCAAGAGUGGCCAACAUCAUAUAUUCAGUUUUUUUGCCUUCAAAGAAAACAGACUUCCUCUCUUUGUCAAGGUGCGUGAUACAACUCAGGAACCUUGCGGACGACUAUCAUUUAUGAAGGAGCCAAAAUCCACGAGAGGCCUGGUGCAUCAAGCUAUUUGCAACUUAAACAUCACCCUGCCGAUUUAUAUAAAGGAAUCAGAGUCAGAUCAAGAACAGGAGGAAGAGAUCGAUAUGACAUCAGAAAAAAAUGAUGAGACAGAAUCUACAGAAACAUCUGUCCUGAAAAGUCACCUGGUUAAUGAAGUUCCUGUCCUAGCAAGUCCGGACUUGCUCUCGGAAGUUUCUGAGAUGAAACAAGAUUUGAUCAAAAUGACCGCCAUCUUGACCACAGAUGUAUCAGAUAAGGCAGGGUCCAUUAAAGUGAAGGAGCUGGUGAAGGCUGCUGAGGAAGAGCCAGGAGAGCCUUUUGAAAUCGUUGAAAGAGUGAAAGAGGACUUAGAGAAAGUGAAUGAAAUCCUGAGAAGUGGGACCUGCAUGAGGGAAGAAGCCAGUCUGCGUAGGGCUCAGUCCAAGAGAGGGUUAGUGGAAGAGGAAUGGGUGCUCGUCAGUGACGAGGAGAUAGCAGAGGCUAAGGAGAAAGCACCGUUAGAAAUCACCGACUACCCCUGUGUAGAAGUUAGAAUAGAUAAAGGGACCAAAGUAAAAGCAGAGAAAGACUCGACAGGGCUAGUCAAAUACCUUACUGACGAUCUGAACUCCCACGGGUCUCUGCAUAAAGAGAAGCCACAGACAGUUCAAGACACGGCAGGGGAGAGACGUGAGGCUCCGGCUCUUGGCAAGAGCUCUGAAAAUAAGGGGAAAGGCCUCCCCUCGGAUGAGACACCGAGUGCCCAGAAACAGCCCAGACCAAGCCUGGGCAUAAAGAAGCCAGUAAGACGGAAAUUAAAGGAAAAGCAGAAACAAAAAGAGGAAAGUUUACAAACGAAUGCAGAAAAAACGGAAUUUAAAAAGUGUAGUUCAGAAGAGUCACUGGAGGAAGACGCAGGUUUAGCCCCUGAACCUCUUCCCACGGCAAAGGCCACAUCUCCUUUGAUAGAAGAAACUCCCAUUGGUUCCAUAAAGGACAAAGUAAAGGCCCUUCAGAAGAAAGUGGAAGACGAGCAGAAAGGACGAAGCAAGUUGCCUGUCAGAGUCAAAGGCAAAGAGGACACGCCAAAGAAGGCCACCCCCAGGGCACAUGCAGCGGCAUCACCCUCCCUGAAGUCAGAGAGGCACGGGCCAGCGUCUCCCUCCUCUAAAACCGACAGACAUUCUUCUCUUGCCUCCUCCACAAAAACGGAAAGGCACUCUCCAGUAUCACCCUCAAGUAAAACUGAGAAACACUCUCCCGUGUCACCCUCUCCAAAAACUGAGCGACAUUCACCUGUGUCAUCGUCAAGUAAAACUGAGAAACACUCACCUGUAUCACCCUCGUUGAGAACUGAGAGACACUCCCCUGUGUCAUCUACCAAAACGGAAAAGCACCCACCUGUUUCACCAGCAGGCAAAACAGACAAACGUCCCCCUGUGUCACCUUCUGGGCGAACAGAGAAACAUCCACCAGUAUCACCAGGGAGAACAGAAAAACGCCUGCCGGUUUCACCUUCUGGAAGAACAGAAAAGCAUUCACCUGUGUCGAGCGCGGGGAAAACCGAGCGGCACCUGCCUGUGUCACCGUCCGGGAAAACAGAAAAGCAACCGCCAGUCUCCCCCACAUCGAAAACAGAAAGGAUCGAGGAAACGAUGUCUGUUCGGGAGCUGAUGAAGGCUUUCCAGUCGGGACAGGACCCAUCGAAACACAAAACGGGACUCUUUGAGCACAAGUCAGCAAAGCAGAAGCAGCCACAAGAAAAAGGUAAAGCUCGGGUAGACAGAGAAAAAGGGCCUGUACUAACCCUAAAAGAAACGCAGAAAACAGAGACUCAGACAAUCAGAAGAAGUCAGAGAUUCCUGGUAACGGCAGCUCCAGAGUCCAAAAGAGGAGUCCGUGCUCCUUCUGUAGGGUUUAAGAAAGAAGAUGCAGCUGGAGACAAGGAGAAGGUUCUCAGUCACAAAUUACCUGAAUCUAUUCAGUCAGCAGCUGAAGAAAAAAGCCAUAAAGAGAGUGAACUCCCCAAAGAAAAGAUGGCUGACGAACAGGCAGACCUGGAUCUUCAGAUCAGCCCAGACAGGAAAACCUCCACAGACUUUUCUGAUGUCAUUAAGCAAGAGUUAGAAAACAAUGACAAAUAUCAACAAUUCCGCCUGAGUGAAGAGACAGAAAAGGCACAGCUUCACUUAGACCAAGUCCUCACUAGUCCUUUCAAUACCACCUUUCCGCUAGAUUACAUGAAAGAUGAAUUCCUGCCGGCUCUGUCCUUACAGAGCGGCGCUUUGGAUGGCAGUUCGGAAAGCCUAAAGCAAGAAGGGGUAGCAGGCUCUCCCUGCGGCAGCCUCAUGGAGGGCACCCCUCAGAUUAGUUCAGAAGAAAGCUAUAAGCACGAGGGCCUAGCAGAGACCCCCGAGACCAGCCCAGAAAGCCUUUCUUUCUCCCCCAAGAAAAGUGAGGAGCAAAGUGAGGAAACAAAGGAAACCACCAAGUUAGAAGCACCGACAGAAAUUCCGUUAGAAAAAGAACAUCUCAUAACCAAAGACACUUCUGAUGGUUGUGAAGAGCAAGGUGCUGCAGUCUCUGCUGAUGGCUCAGAGCCCUCCACUGAGUGUGUUCACAAAGAGGGUUCUCCAGACCCUUCCAUAGGUACAUGCCCCAAACGAGAAGGUGAUUGCCCUGGCAGCUCUAGCAUAUCAUUGGCAAAGGAGAUAUCCAAGGCCCUGACAGAGGACACAGCCUGUGAUGAAGGUAGUUCAUCCCACAGGACACAAACUGAUAGUGAGACUCAGGAAGCCACAACCCCCUCAAAUGAGACAAAGGCCUGCCCCCCAUCUGAUGCUUCUGUAAAGACAGACACAGGAGUAGAAUCAAAACCUCAGGGAGUUAUAAGAAGUCCCCAAGGGUUAGAACUUGCACUCCCUAGCCGAGAAAGUGAAGUCUUCAGUCCUGUGGCUGAUGAAUCAUUAGCAGUAAGCCACAAGGACUCUCUGGAAGCCAGCCCUGUGCUAGAAGAUAACUCGUCACACAAAACUCCUGAUUCUCUGGAGCCCAGUCCUCUGAAAGAGUCCCCCUGCCGUGACUCUCUUGAAAGUAGCCCCGUUGAACCAAAGAUGAAGGCUGGAAUUCUGCCAAGUCAUUUUCCUCUUCCUGCGGCUGUUGCCAAAACAGAACUUUUUACAGAAGUGGCCUCCAUGCGGUCCCGGCUCCUCCGAGACCCUGAUGGCAGUGCCGAGGAUGACAGCCUUGAGCAGACAUCACUCAUGGAGAGCUCAGGGAAGAGCCCUCUCUCUCCCGACACCCCCAGCUCUGAAGAAAUUAGCUAUGAGGUCACACCCAAAACCACAGAUUCCAGCACACCAAAACCAGCUGUGAUUCAUGAAUGUGCAGAGGAGGAUGAUUCAGAAAAUGGGGAGAAAAAAAGGUUCACACCUGAAGAGGAAAUGUUUAAAAUGGUAACCAAAAUCAAGAUGUUCGAUGAACUUGAACAAGAAGCAAAGCAGAAAAGGGACUACAAGAAAGAACCUAAACAAGAAGAAUCUUCUUCUUCCUCUGAUCCAGAUGCUGAUUGUUCAGCAGAUAUGGAUGAAACAAAACAUAUGGGGAGUGCAGAGGUUGUAUGUGAUGUCCCUGUAGUAGUGACUUCAGAGGGCAGAAAGACUUCUUCCUCCUCAGAAAGUGAACCUGAAUUGACACAGCUGAAAAAAGGUUCGGACUCAGGCCUUCUGUCAGAACCAGUUAUUCGAGUGCAACCUCCUUCUCCACUUCCAUCCAGCAUGGACUCCAAUUCCAGUCCAGAAGAAGUACAAUUCCAGCCUAUAGUUUCUAAACAAUAUACUUUCAAGAUGCAUGAAGAUACUCAAGAAGAGAUAGGUAAAUCAGAAGAAGAGUCCCAGUUAGCUGAAGACAGUCAUACUCCUUUCACUGGUGACACUGAUAGGUCCUGUGAUGAUCUAAGCAGAGACCCUGAUGGAGCAAAAAUUUGUGAUGGCCAUGGAUGUGAGGUCACAAGUCAUAGCAGUUCAACCACUCCUAUCUCUUCAGGCCUACAGAGUAGUUCAAAUGGUGAUGAUGUUGCUGGACAGCCAGUCAUCUAUAAAGAAUCAUUAGCUCCCCAAGGCACACAGGAUGAGGACACAGAAGGAAAAAAGCUGGAUGAUGUUGCUACAGGGGAAUCUCCACAAGUGGAUUGCUCCAAUGAAAGUGCUUCAUCUUUGUCCUCUUUGCCUCAUUGCUCAAUAUCUGAAGGAAAAGAAUUAGAUGGAGGCAUAUCCUGCACAUCAUCUACUGCGAAAAUGGAGGUUACAAAAACUAAUGAAACAUUUGAGAGCUUACCAAAGAAGUGCUCCACUCACGAUUCAUCCAUUACUACUCAAACAGAUAGAUUUUCCAUUGAUGUUCCAGUGUCUGACCUGGCUGAGACUGAUGAAAUCUGUGGUCCUCAAAUCACAAGCCCUUAUGAAAAUGUUCCUUCUCAAUCUUUUUUCUCUAGUGAACAAAGCAAAACCCAAACAGAUUCAAAUCACAUCACAGGUUUUCACUCUUCUGAAGCAUAUUCUGACACAAUCACGUCCUCCAUUGAAGAUGCAGUAGUGGCAGCCUCCUUUAGUAGUGCUGUUUCAAGUGAAGAAUCUAAUUUUGAGGGUGAGAGCAUGAAAAUAGAAUCCAAACAAGAAAGUCCCUUAUGGGUACAGCAAUCAGAUAGAGCCUCUUCAUCUACAGAACCUACCAUGUCCACUGCAUCAGCAGUUGUUGGUGAACAAAUAAGCAAAGUUAUCAUCACAAAAACUGAUGUGGACUCUGAUUCCUGGAGUGAAAUUCGUGAAGAUGAUGAGGCUUUUGAGGCUCGAGUGAAAGAAGAAGAGCAAAAGAUAUUUGGUUUGAUGGUAGAUAGACAAUCACAGGGUACCACUCCUGAUACCACUCCUGCGAGGACCCCAACUGAAGAAGGGACUCCAACAAGUGAGCAAAACCCAUUUCUCUUUCAGGAAGGAAAAUUGUUUGAGAUGACCCGAAGUGGUGCCAUUGAUAUGACCAAAAGGUCUUACGCAGAUGAAAGUUUUCACUUUUUCCAGAUUGGUCAAGAAUCCAGGGAAGAGACACCCUCUGAAGACAUAAAAGAAGGGACUACUGGAGCAGAGUCCCCACAACUGGAGACUUCAGCUGAGUCACUGGCACUUUCAGAAUCAAAAGAAACAGUGGAUGAUGAAGGAGAUUUACUUCCCGAUGACCUGAGUGAGGAAGUAGAGGAAGUACCUGCUUCAGAUGCUCAACUUAGCUCCCAAAUGGGGAUUUCAGCCUCCACAGAAACAUCAACAAAAGAGCCUAUUUUUGUAGGGACUGAGGACCUCCCUGCUACGCAAAUGGGUGAUGCACCUCCUGUGUCUGGUGUGAAGCAGAUAUCUUCCCCUGACUCCCCUGAACCUGUUGUAAAAGUUCAGUUAGAUUUUUCCACAGUUACCAGGUCUGUAUAUUCAGAUAGGGAUGAUGAGUCUCCUGAUUCUUCCCCAGAAGAACAGAAGUCAGUGAUUGAAAUCCCUACUGCACCCAUGGAGAAUGUGCCUUCUACUGAAAGCAAAUCCAAAAUUCCUGUAAGGACUAUACCCACUUCAACUCCAGCACCUCUAUCUGUAGAGUAUGAGAGUUCACUCUCUGAAGAUCUAUCCAGUCUGGAUGAGGAAAGCAAGGAAGAUGAAAUAAAACCAAAGUCCAAGAUCCCUGUCAAAGCACCCAUCCAAAGAGUCGAGCAGGCACUGUCACAUCUAGACUCUUUGCAGGAGACAGUGGCUCCUCAGGAACAGGACAUGACAAGCAGAGCACCAGAUAAUAGAAACAAAUUUGAAUCUGAUGCUAGUUCUAUGGACUCAAAGACCAAAUGCUCAGUAAAAAUCAGAAGUUAUGCUGAGAUAGAGACAGAGAGUGGAGAGGGGGAAGAUGAACUUGAGUUAGAGUCAGAAGAAGGGGUCGUGAGAUCCAAGAUAUUUGCAUCCCGAUUGCCAGUUAAGAGCAGAAGCACCACAUCUUCCUUCAAGGGGGGCACGAGUCCUACAAAAGAAAGUAAGGAGCAUUUCUUUGACCUUUAUAGAAACUCCAUAGAAUUCUUUGAAGAGAUUAGUGAUGAGGCUUCCAAGUUAGUGGAUAGACUUACACAGUCAGAAAGGGAACAGGAGUUAGUUUCAGAUGAUGAAAGUAGUAGUGCCCUGGAAGUUUCAGUAAUUGAAAAUCUGCCACCUGUUGAGACCGAGCACUCAGUUCCUGAGGACAUCUUUGACACACGGCCCAUUUGGGAUGAGUCCAUUGAGACUCUGAUUGAACGCAUCCCUGAUGAAAAUGGCCAUGACCAUGCUGAAGAUCCACAGGAUGAGCAGGAACGGAUCGAGGAAAGACUGGCUUACAUUGCUGAUCACCUUGGCUUCAGCUGGACAGAAUUAGCAAGAGAACUGGAUUUCACUGAGGAACAAAUUCAUCAAAUUCGGAUUGAGAAUCCCAACUCCCUUCAAGACCAGAGUCAUGCGCUUUUGAAGUAUUGGCUGGAGAGGGAUGGGAAACAUGCUACAGAUACCAACCUCAUUGAAUGUCUCACCAAGAUCAACCGAAUGGAUAUUGUUCAUCUCAUGGAGACCAACAUAGAACCUCUCCAGGAGCGCAUCAGUCAUAGCUAUGCAGAAAUUGAACAGACCAUCACACUGGAUCAUAGUGAAGGGUUCUCAGUCCUUCAAGAGGAGCUCUGUGCAGCACAGCACAAGCAGAGAGAGGAACAAACUGUCUCUAAAGAAAGCGACUCUGCUGAUCACCCUCCCAUCGUCUCAGAGGAAGAUAUUUCUGUGGGUUAUUCCACGUUUCAGGAUUCCAUCCCCAAAACCGAGGGGGACAGCUCAGCCACAGCCCUCUUUUCCCAAGCUCAGAAGGAACAAGAGCAACAGAAUUUCUCAGGGAAAAUGCAAGACCUGGCUGAAGAGUCAUCUCUUGAGUAUCAGAAGGAAUACUUUGUGACAUCCCCAGGAACGGAAGUUUCAGAGACCCCAAAGGCCACGGCAGUACCUGGCUCUCCCAGCAAGCCACCUGAGGAAGUCAGUAGCCCUCCUGAGGAGCAGAGGCCGCACCUCCAGACACCGACGUCUGGUGAGCAGGGAGGCUCUCCCAUUGUACAAGAGCCUGAAGAGCCCCCAGAGCACAGACAGGAGAGCUCGCCACAGAAAACUAGCCUUGUGAUAGUGGAGUCUACUGAUGACCAGCCGCAGGCCUUUGAAAGACUCCACGAAGAUACAGCUUUUGAAAAAGGAGAUGAGAUGCCUGACUUACCCCCGGAGACAGUCACGGAAGAGGAAUACGUUGACGAGCACGGGCACACCGUGGUGAAGAAGAUUACCAGGAAAAUCAUUAGGCGGUACGUGUCCUCUGAUGGCACAGAGAGAGAAGAGAUUACGAUGCAGGGAAUGCCGCAGGCACCGGUCACCAUCGAGGAAGGAGAUGGCUAUUCCAAAGUCGUAAAGCGCGUAGUAUUGAAGAGUGAUGUCGCACAGUCAGAGGACAACCAUGAGUAAAGCCAGUACGCAGAAGAGGGCUGUGGUGAAGGACCAGCAUGGAAAACGCAUUGACUUGGAGCACCUGGAGGAUGUGCCAGAAGCACUAGCCCAGGACGACCUCCAGCGCGAUCUCCAGCAGCUCCUUCGGCACUUCUGCAAGGAGGACUCGAAGCAAGAGGCCAAAUGAGGGGCUGCCCAAUUCUCACACAGAAACCACACAUUCACUCACCAUGCAGCUGCCCGAUCCGUUAGUUGAGGGACCUAAACGGCCUAAUUAAUGGGAUACCCCAACAUUUCCACUGUUAGAAAAUAUACUGCAUUUUGGUUUAGUUCCACCCCACCCCCCUUUAACUCUAAGCUAAUUUGUGACCAAAGAUAGCGUCCUUCAGACUGGAUGCUGUAUCCACUACUCUGUCGCAUCUGUGCUAAUCUGGGGACUGGCCACCUCCGUUGUUCUCUGCUUCUGCACAAGCUCCAUGAAAAUCCAUUGAUCAGAAGAAGUUCACCUGCAGACCUCUUCAAGUGAUGACACAGAGGAAUCCUUCAAAGGGAUGUCCAAGUACAAUGUAUAUAGCUAAAAUGCUCAGAUGAACAACAGAUUAAAAUUAAAACCACUGCCUAUCAUAACUACACUGGGCAUCAUGGAAUAAAAGGCCUCUAGAAAUUGCGAACCAUGGUUAAUGACGAUAUUGCUAACACAAUCGAAUGACAAUACGGUUUCACUGCAAACGAAGCACUUCAGACCUAUCACGUCCUUAGAUCUUCCAGAGUAGCCAUUGCUCCUAGUUAAAGACGGAUUAAUAACCUCAAAGAACUGCCCUAACUAAGAAGUUAUUGCUGGUGCUGGCCGGCCAUGAUUAAUGACUCUCCAGCAGCCACUCUGAGGGAGGGGAGAAGGGGAGCAGAAGGUAAACAGAAGGAAAUGAUGAGGUAUUCAGGUGCUAGCAGCUACAUCGCGUGGCCUGCUCGCAUCUUCAGGUCUUUGAGAUUUUGGAAACGUUGGCAGGGUAUUUUAAAAGCUAUAACUACUGUAGUUUUCCAGUUUUCAUUGCUGCUUUAGCAAACCACGCUGUCUUACUGGUGGUACUUUCUUCCAGCCACUGCACUGUAGAUAAUCCAUUGGAAACAAGAUUUCCCCAUGACUUCAAAGGGUAAACUCCUUCACGGCAUUGGAGUGGUUUCUUUCUUUUUUUUUUUUUUCCAGGUUUAUAUUUUCUCUACUACCUGCAUGUGGCAUUUAAAAAUCAAAACCACAGUCAAAACCCCUCUCCUAAUCACAUAAAAGGUUUUCAUUCUUUUUUACCCCGAGUGAACACUUUUCACUUCCCAGCUGGGUCUGUUUUUCAGCUUGCAGACAAGAUUGAGAAAUCCUUGAAAAUUUGGUUUUGGUUAAAAUUUUUGGUUUAUUUAUUUGAAAUCCACACUCCCUUGGAAACUCUUAAGUGCAUUCGUGCACUUUUCUGUUUGUUUGUUUCAAAGAAGGGACUAUAACAAUCUGAGUGGUUUCCACAUCCUAUUCCUUAUUCCUCUAGUGGUUGAAGCUGUGUAGCAUUUUAACAUAUAUAUAUUCACAAAUAUAUUCAUAUAAACAGUAUACAUUUUGAAUCAGUUAUUUGUUAAAGAAAAGUAUAUUCAAUGAAGAUGAAAUUUAAAAAAAAUAAAAAAGGGUCUAUCCUCCAGGGAUUGAACAUUUUCCAAUUAUCUGGUCUUUUCCUGUUGUGCAAAAAUGACUCAUCACUCCGACUGUCAAAAACAAAUGUGACAAACAAUGGCACUUCAUCAUUGAAAGUAAAGUUGCCAAGAGAAAAAAAUGUCCUGGGAGGGAGGUUUCCCACAAGCCAAAUCUCCUAAGCCUCAAACGCUAGCACUUUUUGGCAGUUGGAUAGGAAAUAAAACAUUCUUUGGCAGCCAAAAUGAGAGGCCCAUAGUGGAACUUUUUUGAGACACCCUAUGGCCUCCUUGUCCAAACCUUCACUGGAGCUCAAGAAAAGCAUUUCUGUUGUGUUCUUUGCAGUGCAGAUGAUGUCUGUGUAACAACAUACUGGUUAUUCACCUUUUUUUGAUUUUGAUUUUUGCUGUGUUAUCAAAAAACUUGAAUACUGUGAGAAGAAGUGAAUUUUCAGUUGAUGAAUCAGCAUCUUGUUCCCAUGGUGAUAACACUAAUUGAAUAUAUCUAUGAGGGCAUGUAUUAGUUAAUGGAAAAAAAAAUACAACACUAACAAUACAUAGCUGCAAUGUGUACAAUGGCUGAUUUAAUUAAAUAAAAUGUACAAGUGUUAAAUGUGCCAA